UUUGGACCAAGUUAGACUGGUUUAUUUUAUUUUAUCAUCUUUAAUUCAACCUAAUAUGAACCCAUACGAUUCCUUGAUAAGCAUAAAGAUUUAAAUUGUAUUACAAAAGAAAUACUUUAUAGCUGUUAUCAGUAUUCGUAACACAAUAACGUGUAUUUAUAAUGUUUGGCAAUUUACAAUUUGACAAAAUGGUUGACACCACGAAGGCCAAAGAAUAUAUGAAAAGUAAAGAAGUAUUUCAUUCCCUUGGGUAUAGUGAUACAGUGGAAUAUGCAGUGGACAGUUGCGGUAAUAAAGUCAUGUAUUCUGUUUACAAAAGAAAUAUUGAUUUUGUUGCGUCAAGUGUAUGGGAGGACCAAGACGGUGUGACAACAUUAUCUUGCAAUUUAAAAGAAUUAGCUGACUUGAUUGAAGAAAAUAAAUUGCUAUUUGCACAAAUAGAUUACAUGGAAAGGAAAAAGCCGAUAAAUGAAAGUCUGAAUAUUGAUAUGAAAUUGAUCGUGCAGAAUAUAAUGUAUGUGAACAGAGUUAUCACACAGAAGAGAUAUACUAGCAAUGUGUUGGCGAUGCAGGGUCGGUCUCCACUGUGCGCGCUGGGCUUCGUGGCGCAGCUGGUGUGCGGCGCUGGGCACGUGGUUGUGGAGGCCGUGCCUCACACCGCUGUGCUGUGCCAUCUCUUCGUAACGUUGUGCCGCAAAGCUGGAUUAUCCGUUAGUUUGGCUUUUGUAAAGGAACCAUCGUUGGCUGAUAUUGGUUGUGAUUUGAUAAUAAGAGAAGUGCAGAGAGGGUGUAUAUUCGUGGUGACCGAGCAGUCAGACAUCGAUUCUGCCAUUGACAAUUUCAUCGUUUCAGCUUCACAGGAUCCUUGGAGAAUACGUCGUGUGUUAGUGCAGGAAAGCAUCGUGGAACCUUUGAAACAAAUCCUAGAAUGGAGGUCGAAUAGAUUACCUAAUUCCUUAUUACCAACUCCGAAUGUGGAGUGUAAUAGUGCUUACAAUAUACACGAUAGACUGUUUCUGUUCGAGUACACCGGCCUUGAACAUUCUGACCACCAUGUUGUAAUCGAAGCGUAUAGAACUGAUGAAGAGCUUCUGUCUCUUUUAUACACGUACAAACCGUUCACUGUCUCACUCUGGUGCGCGGAUAUAUCUCAGGCUAAUCAAAUAGCAUACGGAAUCGAUUCCACCGUCAUCUGGAUCAACGAUUUCGGCUCUAUCGAUGGACCAAUAAAAUCUUCGCAAGCAUUUUAUUCGAUUAUCGAUAUUUCCUAUGCGAAAGAUCGAAUAGAACUUUCAAUCGAUGUUGAAAAGCAAACAGCUCGUGCUCUCAAUUGGUCGAAACAAGAUCCCAGUAAGAGAUAUACGUUAUUAAACAUGGUUAUAGAAAAAACGGAAUCAAUAGGCGUAAAAGAGAAAAAAGCUGAUGUUUUAAAGUCGUUAGAGCCUAUAGAUUUCGAUGGAGAGGAUGGUAAUUUUGUGAAAGUAACCAAUGUUGGAAUUUGUGUAGGUAUAGAGACGCGAGCUAUGCCUUUCGUAUUGUUCAGUGAGUUUGAAAUAAAAAAUGUUUUGAAAUGUCUUUUGAAAGGUUUUGGGGUUGUGAUAUCUUCGUUGUCGGAAAAGGACAAAGUUUUUGUAGACGACUUGGGUAAGUGCGCGCCGAUUUUGUACAAAGGUGUUAGUGGUACUGAAGAAUGUCUGGUGACGUCGAGAUUUUCUCAAUAUAAGGUGAAAGUUGUUAGAAGCUAAUUUCUAGUUAGGUACUAUUUUUACUAAUGAAUGUUACUUUAUUAAGUUUCUUUUUUACGUUCAAAAACGUUCGUUUUGUAUUACAACAAUCGUGUUAAGAAUAAUAGUUAUAUAUCUCUGGCUAGAACAAUUAAAUAAGUUAAUGUAAGCAGCUUCAAGAUAACUGCAACUAAACCUAUUCAAUGGGGAAUAAAACUAUGGUGCUCUACUAGCUAUUGUAUGGUUUCAAGUUAAAAUGAUUUACAAUUUUUAAAGCUGUCAUACUAUUUCUUGUUAUAAAAUGGAAAUGAUUUUAUUUUUAUAUUAAAUAUUUUUAUUAUUUUUAA